AUGCCUUCCGAAGUCUCAGACAUCAAGCAAUUCCUCGAGAUCGCUCGCAGAAAGGAUGCCACAGGUGCCCGCAUAAAGAAAUCCGCCAAGGGCAAGGAUAUCAAGCUCAAGCUCCGCGGAAAGCGAUUCCUGUACACCCUCAAGCUCAAGGACUCCGACAAGGCCGACAAGAUCAAGCAAUCUCUGCCUCCUAAGAUCAACAAGAAGAACAAGAAGGCCAAGAAGGCGUGA